CACACCUCCUUAACCUCUCCCGAAUUCCAUCUUCUCCGGCGAUGCUUUGCCGCCCAUGCUUUGCUGCACCAACGAGCUCCAUCCCAUCGUCGUCGAAGCUCGCCGGCCGCCGCACACGUAUAUAUAAUACGCCGCCAUGUCGUCGCAGCCGCCGACGGCCACCGCGGGCUUCAUCGCCGGCGGCCGCAUCCGGCGCCCGCUGCCGAGGGAGCGGCCGCACCUGACGCGCUGCACCAAGCUUCUCUGCUCGUGGUUCCUCUCCCUCCUCCUCGUCGCCGGCGUGCUCCUCUUCGUCGUCUACCUCGUCGUCCGCCCCCACCGGCCGCGGUUCCACGUCGCCGCGUUCACCGCCGCCGGCGUCCAGUCCGGCGGCGGCCCGGUGGCGCUCUCCGGCCAGCUGACGAUCCACAACCCGAACCACGACCUCGCCUUCUUCUUCGGCCGGGUGUACAUGUCGGUGCAGUACCGCGGCGACGGCGAGGUGGUCGUCGACGGGAAGGACCUCACCGGCGGGCCGCUGUACGAGCCGCCGAGGGGCACGUCGGCGGUCGGGUUCGAGGGCGUCGCCGUGCCGGCCGGCGCCGCCACGGACAUGAUGGCGAGGGACGCUGCCGCCGCCGCGGCGGGCGGCGGCGGCGGCGGCGUGGCGUUCACGGUGAAGGUCCGGUCGAGGAUACGGGUGCGCGUGGCGUUCUGGGGGUCGCACUGGCACCCGGUGCACGCCACCUGCGACGUCGUGGUCGGGCCCGACGGCCAGCUGCUGCCGGAGUUCCAGCAGAAGCGAUGCGGCAUCGACUUCUUCUAGCUUAAUUUAGCUAGCUACUUAGCUACUCCUCCGUCCCAUUUUAAGUACAAUUAUGAGUUUUCAUGCUCAAUUUUAAUAUUUCGUCUUAUUUGAAAAAAAAUAUGAUAAUUAUUUUUUUAUGAGAUAAUAAAACAUGAAUAAUACUUUAUUCAUAACUUAUGUUUUUAAUUUUUUUAAAAAAAAUUAAAUAAGAAGAAUGAUUAAAGUUGAGUGUGGAAAAUUAUGGCUGCACUUCAAAUGAUACGAAGGGAGUAGAAAUUAAAUUUUAGCAUUAGCAUGUAGAAUUAUUUACAUUAAUGGAACAUGUGGUAAAUCGAUGGGUUUUUGGAACUAUCCAUUCCUGACGGCGAUGCGGCGGAGGAGCGCGUCGGGGAGCCUCAUCGACGGAAGGCUCCCCGGCGUGGAGGAGGAUAGAGGCCCAGAAAAUAGCCUUGUGGGCUGUGUACAUGGGCCUACAAUUCCGGCCCAUGUAAAAAGAAGGCUCAGUUGUGUCUGACCAAUGGGCCAGCCCCCUCCCAGACAUGGCAUGCUAUGCUAGCCAGAGGCUAGAGCCCAUCGCAAGCUAAAUGAAAAGUCAAGUUUGAAUUUUCAAAUUUAAUUUUGAAGUUGAUUUUUAAAUAUGUUCAACAUAAUUUUUUUUCAGUAUUAGUUUUUAAGUUGUUAUAAAAACACAUAUAUACAAAUUUUACCUAUAAAUUAAUUUUUAUUCUCUA